AUGAUUGACUUGAGUAAUAAUUCAAUAAAUAAAAUUGAUAAUGGAGCAUUGUGGGGUUUUAAUGAUGGUGUUAUUAUUUAUUUUAAAUAUAUAAAUAUUGAUUGUGCAACCAACCCUGAUGACGAAUUAGUAAGUUCAAUUGAUCAUCAUAAAGACAACAUAUGUUACUUCAGUGAAUAUUAUUAUUUUAAAAUUUGUAAAACAUCAACUAUGCAACUCAAAUUAGUUGAACAUCUCAUUGAUAAUUGGCAACCUGAAACACUUGAAAUAACAGACGACAAAAUUUCAUCAAUUGAAAAAAAUGCAUUUCAACAGUUGAGUAUAAAAACUUUGAUCUUUAAUUGUUUUUCAAAGACAUUUACGUUAUACCCUGCAUCAUUUGCUGGAUUAAAAAAACUUGAAUUUCUUAUACUCAAUACUUCGCCAAUCCAAGUUGAAUCAUAUAUUUUUGGAUAUUUAGUAUCAUUAAAAUUUCUGGGAAUUUCAGUUAAUGAAUCUUCCAAUAUUACUUUCAGCCAAUUGUUUCAAAAUCUCAUAUUUUUUGAUAAUUUAUUACUUACUCGUCAAAAUAGAGUUGAUAUUUGUCAUGAGACAUUAUGUACAAAUACUAAUUUCAAUAUAACGAGUCUCCAUUAUAAAUAUGGAAAAUUUACAAAUUUACAACAACUUGCUUUUUCGUGUUUAAAACAACUUGAAUAUCUUGCUGUAACAAAUAGCAGUUUAAAAACGAUUGAACCCACUGCAUUUGACGGUCUUAAUAAUAUCAAAUAUUUGAGUCUAUCAUCAAAUCAAAUACAAACAAUUGAUAGUAAUGUAUUUACAAAUUUAAAUUUAUCAUCGCUUGACUUGAGUUAUAAUUUGUUGACUCAUAUUAAAAAAGAUACAUUUUAUGGAAUGAAAACAAAAGCAUUGGAUAUUUCCUAUAAUAAAAUUAUUCAAAUUGAUGAUGAUGCAUUUAAAGACAUGAAUCUUCAUCACAUAUACUACAAUAAUAAUCCUGGUGCUAUCAAUGACACUUUUUAUUAUUUUGAUGAUAUUAAAAUUGAAGCUAAUUGUUUGCCAAGUUUAGAAAAUUUAGUACUAGACGUCGGACCAAUUUCUCUUCAAGAAAAUUUAUUUGAUCAAUUAAUAUCACUCAAUUAUCUUCGUAUUGAAAUUAAAUAUAAUCCACAAUCACCUUCAAAAUAUAUUAAUAAUGUAUUGAAAACUGUUCCGAGUUUAAGAGUAUUGGAAAUUUUAAAUAGUGAUUCAAUUAAUAUUUGUAAUAAUCCAAUAUCCAAUGAGAAUUCACUGCCACUUACUGGGCUUUAUUAUACAGGUGGAUCAAUCGGUGUAUUACCAACAAAUUCAUUGAUUUGUUUAUGGAAUUUGGAAAAAUUGUCAAUAUCAAAAACACAAUUGACGACAAUUGAAGCUGGUGUAUUUGAUUCAUUGAACAAUCUCAAAUAUAUUCAUUUGGCAUUCAACAAAUUAACUCGUAUUACUACUGGUGCUUUUAAUCGUCUAAAUAAUUUAAUUACCCUUGACCUGAAUCAUAAUAAAAUAAUUGAAAUGGAUGAUAAAUCAUUGAGAAAAUCUGUGGAAAAUAAUUUACACCUUCUCAAUUUAAGUUACAAUGAAUUUUCAUUCAUUAAAAAAGAUACUUUUGCAGGUUUUAAAUGCAGUCAGUUGGAUCUAUCACACAACAAAAUUAGUCACAUUGAAGAUGAUGCAUUUAAAGAUACAAAAAUUCAUGAUAUAUUUUUAUUUAAUAAUUUUAUCAUGUACGUAAAAAUGAAAGCCUGGAAGAUUCCUUUAUAUACUUUUGUUCAUGUUAAAAAACCAUCGUAUUUCAUAUCAUUUUGUUCAGGAAUACGAACAAGAGUAUGUGAUCAUUUUGGAUCGUAUACAUUUAUUGGUGUGAGAACAAACGUAUUGGACAUUUCAAAUAAUAAAAUUGUAGAAAUUGAUAAUGGUGCUUUCAAAGACAUGAAUCUCAAUCAUCUGUAUUAUUACAAUAAUAAUGAUAGAGUAUUUGUUAAUUCUCGUUAUUGGUAUAUUGAUGAUUCACAAAUUGAAGUUAAUUGUACGAAUCAAAAUACAUACAGAAUUUGCAAAAAGGGUGAAACUUUAUCAUCUGUUGACAUACCAAAUAAAUAUUCUUUUUUCGGGCGGCUUAUAACAAGUGACACACUCGAAAUAUUUGACGAAAGAAUAUCGGCAAUGGAUGUUGGACCUAUUGAAGUUAAAGAAAAUUUAUUUGAUCGUUUAAUAUCACUCAAUUAUCUUCGUAUUGAAAUUAAAUAUAAUCCACAAUCACCUUCAAAAUAUAUUAAUAAUGUAUUGAAAACUGUUCCAAGUUUAAGAGUAUUGGAAAUUUUAAAUAGUGAUUCAAUUAAUAUUUGUAAUAAUCCAAUAUCCAAUGAGAAUUCACUGCCACUUACUGGUCUUUAUUAUACAAGAAAACGAACAAGAACUUGUGAUGAUUUAGGAUGGUGUGAGUUCAGAUGCAUUGAUUACAAGUCUAGUCCACCAGGAUUAGGAUAA